AUGGGGGAUCAGCAGAUGUACAAAGCGAACCAUGUCAUUAACAACAGUGAAAGUUUAUAUUACCAGCAGCAGCACCUAAAUUCUCUUGCACCCUUAAACCACAGCUAUGGAGCGUCAGCCAUGGAUGCAUCUCAGGAUUCUCCCCUCUCUCCCUCAUUUCCUCAUGAUGCAAGAGAAAACAUAGCUUUGAAUGUUGGGUCCAAAACACUUGGGUUGAUGGAUCCCCCAAGGCAAACGUGUUGGGCCCAGUUGGGUUCUGGCAACCACAUCCCAGUAAGGACCAAUCAGAAUGCGAUGUGGAGCUCAGCAGGGCAAGGGGAGCCCGCCGAUGGGUAUGACCAUCUGUGCCCCCAGGCCAAUGAGGUCAGGUCGCAGAAAAUCACCAGUGGAGUUUUGCAUAAAUUAGAUUCCUUCACCCAAGUCUUUGCUAAUCAGAACUUGAGAAUCCAAGUCAACAACGUGUCCCAGGUCGUACAGGCUCAGCCGUCGGGGAUGGAGAACGCCAGUGACAGUGCGCUUCGACAGCUGUUGUCUCAGAAGCCUGCUGCUGAGCAGCAGCCUGUGCAGCGAUAUCAGCAGGUGCCACAGCAAGUCCACCCGGGUUUUGCAAGUGCACAACAGAAACAGCAAAUGCACCUCAUGCAGCACCAACAACCACUGUAUUACGACGACCAGCAUCACUUAGCUCACAUGCCAAUGCACCCUGCGGUGCACCAAGGACAGGCCCACUUGCCACAGCUGCACUCUCAGCAGCUGCUACCGCAGCUGCAGCAGGAUCAAUACUAUCUGCCGCAACAGGCCCACCAAGGGCAGCACAGGCUUCUGAUACAUGAAAUUCAGCAGCAGCAGCAGCAGCAACAGCGACAGUGCCCAGUGCAAACGACUCAGUAUUAUCCAAUACAGUCUAUGAUGCAACAGUUACAGCAACAACAGCAGCAGCAGCAGAUGCAAAUGCAACUUCCCCCCUAUCACAGAGAUCCUGAACCAAAGACUCUGCACGAGGCUCACCAGUUCUCCCAAGACCGGGGUUCUUCUGUGCAGCUUAUACAGCUGGGAACAGUACCUCAGUACUUCUAUCAAGAACAGCAACAGUCAUUCAGGCACUUGUAUCCACAAAGUUUAUUACCGCAGCAGCAGCAGCAGCAGCAGCAGACUGCAGAAGACACCAGCCAGCAGAAUCAUUAUCAGAGUGAAAACAAGUCUCGGGCCUUGAUGGACUCGCAUCUUGGGCUCCCCGGGGCAGAGAGGACAGAGAGUCCAGCAGAGCAGGACAUGAAUUCUAUUGGUGUCUCUCAGCAAUCACACGUACCUCCAGUGAGCACCCACAUGAACAGCAAAAGAACCCAGCAGUUGUCCCCCAAUGCAGCAUGGACUCAGCAGAUCCAGCUAUCCGAGAGCACACUCGAAUCAGUGUCACCUGAACAAAGUAACACUGGUCACAGUCAAGAAACAUAUACAGAGAGAUCUGAAACAAAGAGUAAACUAAUGUGCACUGUAUGCUUAAAGGAGUUUAAAAGUUUACCAGCCCUAAAUGGCCACAUGAGGUCUCACGGAGGGGUACGGGCAUCUCCCAUCUUCAAACAGGAGGAAGGAGAGAAACCAUCAGAGCAGCCGCCGCCGCCGCCGCCCUCCGAGGUGGAUAGCCUUGUGCCCAUCGUCAUGCCUGUUUCUGUCCCUGUAAAGCUCCUGUCGCCCGAUCCCAGCUGGCAGGCCACUGACAGCAGUGCCACCAAUGUCAAAGAUAAGCCUGUCUCAGAUGAUGAGAUGCCUGUUCUUGUGAGGAUGACUUACUCGCCACCGCGUUCCCCUAGAGCGGCCAGCCCGUGCGCAUCUUCUGAUCCCAGUAGGAAAAACCACCAAAACAUUACCAAUUCUGAAGAGACCUUCAAGCCUUCACAAGACAAGAGAAAAUACCGCCAUAGACCCGAGCCACUCUUCAUCCCACCUCCUUCCUUCAACUUCAGUGUCAUGCAUUCAGGCGCUACCCUAUACCAAAGCCAGCUUCGCUCUCCUCGCAUCCUAGGUGACCAUCUUGAUAGGACUCAUGAGCUCCCACCGUAUACCCCCCCUCCUAUGCUCAGUCCAGUACGUCAAGGAUCUGGUCUCUUCAGCAAUGUUAUCACCUCUCAUGGGGCAUCUCACCCCCAGCUACCACUCACUCCUCUGACACCCACUCCCCGUGUGCUUCUCUGCCGAUCUAAUAGUGUUGAUGGAAGCAAUGUCCCUGUGACCCCAGGGCCAGGAGAACAGACCAUUGAUGUAGAACCUCGUAUCAACAUUGGAUCAAGAUUCCAGGCUAAUAUCCCUGAACUUAAAGACAUAACCUCAGUGGGGAAAGAGGAUCACAAAGCAACUUUAGUGUGGAAACCAUGGCCAGAACUGGAAGACGACACUUUCCAACAAAGAGUGAACGAACUCUUAAAUAUGUGUUGUUCAAGUGUGUUACCUGGUGGAGGAACCAACAUGGAAUAUGGUUUACAUUCUCUUUUUGAGGCUAAAGGGGAUAUUAUGGUUACUCUGGAGAUGCUUUUGUUGCUGAAACCAGCAAGAGCAAAAUCUCAUCCCCUGGCAAACUAUCACUAUGCUGGUUCUGACAAGUGGACCCCCCUUGAAAGAAAACUGUUUAAUAAAGCCCUGUCCAUGUACAGCAAGGACUUCAUUUUGGUACAGAAAAUGGUGAAGUCUAAGACCGUGGCACAGUGUGUGGAAUACUAUUAUACUUGGAAGAAGAUCAUGCACUUGGGAAGGAAGCACAGAACACGCCAAGUGGAAAUAAAAGAGGAAUGCAUGACAAGUGGAGAAGAAGAGGACUUGGAGGAUGAAGAGCAAAUGGAGGAAGACAGAAAAUCUAUAAAAGAAGAGGAAAUUGAAAAUCAGAAUUCUCCUGACCCACCACCUAUUACUCUUGGUGCACCCAUUAACCUGCCAUCCCUGCAGAGCCUCACAAUCCCUGUGACUUCUUUUACCUGUGAAAUGCCAGACUGCGGAGCUAUGUUCAGCUCCAGACAAGCCCUGAAUGGCCAUGCUCGCAUUCAUGGUGGUACAAACCCUGUGGUGAAAACCCGCUAUGGAGGUCCUGGCACCAAGCAGAAACCAAAUUCCCAGAAUGAGUACUGUUCUGUCAAAAACUCUCCCGCUCACAGUACAACAAGUGGCGAGACUGAUCCCCCUACAGUUUUCCCUUGUAAAGAAUGUGGCAAGAUGUUUUUCAAAAUCAAAAGUCGCAACGCCCACAUGAAAACACACCGGCAACAGGAAGAGCAACAAAGGCAGAAAGCUCAGAAGGCUGCCGUUGCAGCUGAAAUGGCAGCUACUAUUGCGAGGACUACAGGGCCAACUGGGCCUGCCUUGAUUCCAGUGGACCACUUGGACUUGAUAAAGCAGGUUGAACAGGUGGAUGAGCUUGACAGUGAUGUUGUUCAGGAACUGGGCGAGGUAAUUGACAGUACUGAAGGGAUAGACCCUGAUCUCUUACUAGACGAAGAAGACCACGAGUUACUUCAAGAUGAUGUUGAGCUCUAG